CUCCGUCAUACAGUUUUUUCUGCCUGCUCAAUCUUCAGCCCUUGGCAUACAGAGCGAGGUACAACAAGUCGAACUUGCACGUUAUUAGUCUGUCUGAUUAAAUAGAGCUUGUUGCACGGUUUAGGGCUCUUGUGCUUGACUUCUCGUCUCCCGCUUUCAGCGGUGACUUUGCAGUGGCCAGCAGCUUUCAAGCUCCAAACCAUAAGCAUCAUAAACUAACCUUCGGUCAACUCACGUCGAGCGCGCGAUUCCGCCCCUCGCGCUUACCAAACUUGCUAAAUCGUCGGAUUAUCUACGGAUUAAGGCAGAGCUAAGAUGGCACCGUCGUCUGAGGAUGUCGCCGUCAGCGGCGGUGGCUCGCAGGAGCUGAGCAACUCAUCGCCCACGAGCAGCUCAUCAGGUGGAGCGGGCGUGCUGGGAGAGCGUGACCACUUCUCAAAGCUGCUCCAGAAUAACAGGGAGUGGUGCAAGGCGCGCCUGGCCGCGGACCCCAAGUUCUUCGAGCGGCUUUGUGAGCAGCAGAACCCCGAGUACCUGUGGAUUGGCUGCAGCGACUCCCGCGUGCCGGCCAACCAGAUCCUGGGCCUGCAGCCCGGCGAGGUGUUUGUGCAGCGCAAUGUGGGCAACCAGGCCACCCACACCGACCUCAACGUGAUGAGCUGCCUGGAGUACUCGGUCAAGGAGCUCAAGGUGAAGAACGUGAUCGUGUGCGGGCACUACGGCUGCGGCGCCGUCAAGGCCGCCCUCAAGCUGCCCAGCAAGACAACCAACCUGGUCAACUGCUGGAUCUCGGACAUCCGCGAGUGCCGCAACCAGCACCGUGCGGAGCUGAUGCAGCUGGAUGACCACCAGGCGCAGGUGGACCGGCUGUGUGAGCUCAACGUGCUGCGCCAGGCGUUCCACGUGGCCACCAGCCCCGUGGUGCAGGCGGCGUGGGACCGGGGACAGGAGCUGCACCUGUACGGCGUGGUCUACAGCCUGAAGGACGGCCAGAUUAAGAAGCUGGUGGGACCCAUCUCAGGAAACGGCGACUUCGAGUGUGACCAGGCCGACUUCGAGUCCCACGGCGCCACCUACGUGGCGGCGGCGGAGGCGGCCGCGGCGGCGGCGGUGGCGGAGGUGGGCGCGGGCGUGGGCAACCUCAACGUGGUGUCCGCCACACUGGACGGCCGCGUGUCCCUCAACGGCGUCACGCUCACCUCCGAGGCGAAGGAGGACGGCCGCAGCUCCGCCGCCCAGGUGGACGCGCUGCGCGCCUACAUCAACACCGCCAAGGUGAACAACCGCAUCGCCGAGCACGUCAACGGCUGGCACUGAGGAGCAGCGCGUGUGAGCGGGGCGGGCACCGAGAGGCGCACGUGAGGGAAGAGCAGCAGUAGCAGCUGCAGCUGCUGCGGGAUGAGGAGGAGGAGGAGGAGGGCGGAGGCGCAGAGUGCGCCUCAUAGCUUGCUCAGGUGGGCUGAGAGCACUUGGAAGCCCAAGUUAACUGCGGACAUGAAGGUUGGCGGCGGCGGCCGCUGGCGCAAAGGACGCAUAAGGUCAUGCAAGUUGUCAUAUCAAACAAACAUGACGUUUUGGGCACCCUGGUCGUCAAACCAGGACAGCUGGUCACUACGAAGUAGGGGGGUCACGGAGCCUGGCAGGGCAGACGUGGCGAUGGAUGCCUAUGGCAUCGGCGUCCCGGAUGUGAUUAUGUCGCGCUCCCGUUUGAUGACAAGGUUUCCGUUUUCGUGAAUAAGCCCGGCACGCACUGCCGAGUUUGUUGGAAAAACAAAUGUUGCGCUGCACUUGUUUGCAGACGUUGUUGACUCUGGAGUUGGGGUUUUGGGUUUUUGGUUCUUGCUGGGUGCAACACUGACAACCAUAAGGCACGCACCCGCUUUACGAGGGGAUGCGUGUGGGCAACUGCAGUUGCCUAGAAGAAUUGAUGAGGCAUUGCGUCUGGGGCUGAAGGACUGAAGUUUCGCGAAGGCACCUGCUGGCAGGUACGGCACGAUGCGGCCGCUAGCGCGGACACAUGCGUGCUACUGCCCCGACUAGGCAGGGUUGUAUGUUUGGUUUCGCCUUCUCAUAAGCAUGCAACAGCUCGAGUGAUGCGGAGUGAUGCGGAGCUGUAGCGUCUGAGUCUGAUGCCCAUAGAAUAAGCCCCAGGGUGGCUGUGGGUUUACAGGAAAUGCGGGGAAAGCUUCCUGGGCGUGUGUGGAAGAACCGUGGUUUGGUGUGCGUGUGUUUGUGUUGUGUGUUACUUUUUGCCUGGCUGCAUAAACGCCUCGGGACUUGCCCGAGCAGCAAAGAAUCUGGAGAACAAUAUACAUCUGAGGGUUUCCCGGUCUUACUAUUGCGUGACGGAGCGUUGUGUGGCGACCGGCGAGUUCGUUGCAGCCGGGGAUCAAGUGUCGUGCAGGCAGGUGCCGUGCCGACACGUGUGUUUUGUUGUGGCGGUCUGUCGUGGGUGCCAACAGAACUGCCCGGGGCAUGGUCUGGUCAGGCGCAAGGGAGCUAGGGAGGGGAAAGGGGUGCACAUGAAAAGUGGCGGUGGCUUGGUUGACCGGAGUGGGUUGUGCUUGUCGCCACGUUCGUUGUUACCACAGACGCACGCACUGGAUGCUUUGAGCCUCUUCUGGCAUCGUGCGCAUUCGCUUCCUCGAAGCAUCGUCGAGAGCAUGUAUGUAACACUCGUCCGCAUGUAUGUAACACUCGUCCUGC